AGCGCCGCGGCCGCCUUUCCCGUCUCUUUGAACGCCUGAGCGGGAAAAUGGCGGAGGCGAGCGGAGGCCGGCGGGGGCCAGCAGGUCAGCCGCUCCGAGUCACGGCGUGGCCGCCGCCGCCGCCGCCUUCUUUUCAGGGAAGCGGGAAGGAAAACAGGAGCCUAGUGCUGAGCCCUCCGCCCGGUCUGAGCGGCUCCCCAGGCCGGCCGCUCAGCCCUUCAGGACAGCGACAUGUGGAUAUACCUGAUGAUCAAGCUGACAAGCUGCUGUUAGCAAACUGGGGUCUUCCCAAAGCAGUCCUGGAGAAGUACAAUGGCUUGGGAGUAGUUCGUAUGUUCCAGUGGCAAGCAGAAUGCUUGAUGGUUGGACAAGUUCUAGAAGGGAAAAACUUAGUUUAUUCAGCUCCUACAAGUGCUGGGAAAACACUUGUUGCUGAAUUGCUUAUGCUGAAGAGAGUUUUAGAAACUCGCAAAAAAGCUUUGUUCAUACUUCCUUUUAUCUCUGUGGCCAAAGAAAAGAAGUAUUACUUACAGGCUCUCUUCCAAGAAGUAGGUGUACGUGUAGAAGGUUAUAUAGGCAGUAUUUCUCCUGCUGUCCGUUUCUCUGCCUUGGACGUUGCUGUCUGUACUAUUGAGAGAGCCAAUGGCUUGAUCAAUAGACUCAUAGAAGAAAAAGCACUGGAUUCACUGGGAACAGUAGUUGUGGAUGAGUUGCAUAUGUUGGGAGACUCUCAAAGAGGUUAUCUCUUGGAACUCCUGCUGACAAAAAUUCGUUUUUUGACUGAAAGAAUGAAGAACAAACAAACAAGCACCGACAGCCCUCUCUCUAGUGGAGUACAAAUUGUAGGCAUGAGUGCCACCCUUCCAAAUCUGGGUCUUCUGGCCUCCUGGCUAAAUGCAGAAUUGUACCAGACAGAUUUCCGUCCAGUGCCUCUUGUGGAACAGGUGAAAAUUGGCAGCAAGAUUUAUGACGACUCAAUUAAAGUUGUUAGAGAAAUGCAACCUGUACCACAUAUGAAGAGUGAUGAGGAUCAUGUGGUGAGUCUGUGUUAUGAGACAGUCCAGGAUGGCCAUUCUGUUCUUGUUUUUUGCCCAUCUAAGAACUGGUGUGAGAAGCUGGCAGAUAUCAUUGCCAGGGAGUUCUACAAUCUUCAGCACAAGAACCUGUCAACUGUUGCACCAGUUGUGUUGGACCCACCACGGAUAGAGGAGCUGAUGAGUCAGCUAAGACAUUCUCCUGCAGGACUGGACUUUGUGCUUCAACGGACUAUAAAAUGGGGUGUUGCUUUUCAUCAUGCAGGUCUUACGUUUGAUGAACGAGACAUAAUUGAAGAUGCUUUUCGUCAAGGAGUUCUUCGAGUCCUAGUUGCAACCUCUACACUUUCUUCUGGAGUGAAUCUGCCAGCACGCCGUGUAAUUAUCCGAACUCCUGUAUUUGGCAGCAGAACGCUGGAUGUCUUGACGUACAAGCAGAUGGCUGGGAGAGCUGGAAGGAAGGGCGUAGAUACCAUAGGUGAGAGCAUUCUGUUAUGCAAGCCCUCUGAGAAAUCAAAAGGAAUUGCUCUACUUCAGGGCUGUCUCAAACCAGUGCGUAGUUGUUUGAUUGGUCAUGAGGGAGAAGAGCUUACUUCUAGUAUGAUACGAGCAAUCCUUGAGAUCAUAGUAAGUGGUGUAGCUGGCUCUCCAGAUGACAUCCAGAGUUACACUGCUUCUACACUCUUUGGUGCUGGCUUGAAAGACUCUUUCCAGGACUGCGGGAAAGAGCAGGAGAGAACGUAUCAUGGGUCUAUUGAAGCUUGCGUGCAGUGGUUGCUUGAGAACGAAUUCAUCCAUCUUUCUGUCUCUAAGGAGGGCAAAGAAGUCUAUUGUGCAACACAGCUUGGCUCUGCUACUCUGUUCUCUUCAUUUUCCCCAGUAGCAGCGCUGGAGAUUUUUGCUGAUCUUCAAAGAGCUAUGAAGAGUUUUGUCCUAGAGAAUGAUCUGCACAGCCUCUAUUUGGUCACUCCUGUUUAUGAGGACUGGACCAAAAUAGACUGGUAUCAGUUCUUUUGCUUGUGGGAGAAGUUGCCGGCCUCCAUGAGACGGGUAGCAGAGCUGGUCGGGAUCGAGGAGAGCUUUUUGGCCUGCUCCGUGAAGGGCAAAAUGGUUGCUAGAACAGAAAAGCAACGCAGACAAAUGGCCAUCCACAAAAGGUUUUUUACAAGUCUGGCCCUCCUGGAUUUAAUAAAUGAAGUUCCUCUAAAGGAUGUUGCUAAGAAAUAUGGUUGUAAUCGGGGUCAGCUUCAGUCUUUACAACAGUCUGCUGCUACUUAUGCAGGGAUGAUUACCAUUUUCUGUAACCGGCUGGGGUGGCACAAUAUGGAACAGCUGCUUUCUCAGUUUCAGAGUCGCCUUACUUUUGGAGUCCAGAGGGAGCUCUGUGACCUCGUCCGGAUAACUCUGCUAAAUGCACAGCGUGCCAGAGCCCUUUAUAAUGCUGGUUUCAUCACCGUAGCGGAUGUGGCUAAAGGGACUGAUGCCGAAGUGGAAAGGGCUUUCAGGAAUGCAGCCCCAUUCAAAAGUACUCGCAAGGCAGUGGAUGAAGAUGAAGAGGCUGCUGAGGAACGGCUCAAUACCCGCUGUAUUUGGAUGUCUGGACUGAAGGGUUUAAGUGAGACCGAAGCAGCCCGUCUUGUUGUGGACGAAGCGAAAACCCUCUUAAAGCAGGAUUUGGCUAUUUUGGGCAUACAAUGGGAUCCCAAUGCCUCUGCCUUGUCAGCUGAGUCUUUUGUGACCACAGGGAGUGCUGUAGAAGAAGAAGAAGUGUUCAGAAAAGGCCACAACAUAACUCUAUCUGGCAACAACAUUAGUCCCCAACGGAGGAAUGCCUCAAGUGUUAAACUUAAAAAUAAGAGAUGUUUAGGUGCUAAUUCAUCAAAUGCCAGACUUGAAGAGAAGACCCUAGUAGAUGGGAUUGAGAUAGAAGAAGCAAGUAAUGCUGAUGGAUACUCUAGGGCAAGUAAGCGCCUGAAUCUGAAUAAAGAUGCAAAAAUUAUGACAGUUAUUUCAGUAGAACAGAGGGUGGAUAGCAAGGGAAAAAUGAAAAGCAGUGGGCAGAAAACAAAGCCGUUCUUGAAAUCCACUACUAGACUUAAAAAGGGGGUUGGAAUUACCAUUGCAAAAUCCAAGGAGACAAUACAAGUUACAGAUGCAGGUGAAAUGGAUAAUAAGACUGAUACUUCUCUGAAGAAUUCUGAAAACAAGGAAAACUAUUAUUCCCCUGAUCUGUGUUUUGUCUUCCGAGAAUUUGAAGAAAGCUUCCAGUUGGAUACUCAGACAGAUAGAAUACUACAACAGCAGAUGGCAGCUGAAAUUGCUAAUAAACAAGGAAAGAGGGAGCUUUUAGCAAAUUCAGCACAGAAAGCCUUCAUGGGCACAAAGUCUGCCAGUCCUUCAGAAACUGGUACCAAGGAGAAGCUAACAGACCAAAAAGCAUGCAUUAAUAAUAAGAAUGUAGCAGGAGAAACAGAUCGAUUACACAAUGCACUGUCAGACCCGAGGAAAAUGCAGCUUACUGAGAAAACUACUGAAAUACCAAAUUGCCUUGAAAGAACCAGUUUUUCUGUCAUGGACUCCCAGUUAGACAUCUUCUUGCAACACUAUCAGACCCCAGAGUCAGUGGAAGAACAGGUACCUCCUAUUCCUCCCAAUGGGUGUUCCCUUUUGCCCAAUGACCAUGCGCCCACCAGGGAUGGAAAUGUAUCAAAUCUGAACAGCAGUGACAGUUUGCUGUUUGAUGAAUCCUUUAGCCAUAUCAGUGAUCCCCAGUUUGUGCCCACUGGUGAAUCUAUUUUCCUAGAGGCACCUCCACAGCAGCAGGUUAUUUCCCCUCCUUUCUGGAGGACUUCAGCAUCUGAUGUUUCUGGUAGACAGAAUGAAGAGUCAAGUAAAACUGUAUCGAGUGCCACCAUUAACCAGGAGAGAUCAGGAGGAUGUAAUGAGGAUUCUAUGAUAUUGUCAGAUAUGGAUUCUUUCCCUGCACCGGAAGGAUUACAUAAUGUGGCUGAGCCUUCUUUUCACACAGAUGUUAGCAACUUGGAAAGUCUGAAUGCCAAACCUGGCUAUAUGGAAAAGGGUGCAGAUGGAGAUCUUCCAAAAAAUUAUAUAGAAAAACAUACUGACCAACCAGGAAAGUGUAGCUCUUUAUCUGAUUUAAGUCCAGGCAUGAAAGAGAUUUUAGAUGGGUGGCCAAGUCCCUCUGGAGAUAAACCUAAAUUGGAUUCAGGAAAAAACUUGAGAGAAGCAUUGCUUAAGAAUGAUCCUGGCACAUUGUUCUCGGGCAACACUUGUGAGCCACUGUUCUGCAAAGAUUUUGAAAGUAGCUGCUUAACUAGAGGACUGGAUGGUGCAGCUAUGCUGAUUGACAGAAAUGGAAGAUCUACCUCGUUGGCAGAUGGGAACAAAAUGCCUUCCUCACGCAACCUCAUGGAGCCUUCUUCACCAUGUUUGGAGCUACCCUUUGUGAUGCAAACAAGUGACCUAAAACCCAUAGACAAGGUCCCAGAUCUUCCAUUCCUACAGGAUGAUAGAGCUGCACCUCACCUGAAGGCAGAAAUCUUGUGCCAAAAUGCAGAAAAUGGAGAACAAGCUGAGAUUCCACUUGAAGAGGAUAACUCAAUAAUAAUGGAAGGAUUUUCACUGCAGUUAUCUCAAGAUGAAGAUUUAGUACCAUCCUGCAGUGCUGAAAAUUUCACCAUAAUUGAUGUGGCAAAUGACAAGGCUCUCUUCCAUACGUUCAUUAAAGAAUGGAAAACAAAAGACCGAUUUGCUAUUUCUGUGGCUUGUGAAAAAACCAAAGACUCCCUGGCCCACAGGUCAACUAUUGGUGCCAACUUCAAAAGAAGAAGCAGCACUUUGAAAAAUAUUCCGCACAAAGAUGAUGGAUUCCGUAUCAGUGCCUGUGAAGAGAUCUUAGUAGUAGGACUAGCUGUGUGUUGGGGUGGAAAAGAUGCUUAUUAUCUCUCACUGCAGCAAAAAGUUGAAGAGCAGAUUGAAAUCAGUGCCAGUUUGGCACCCCCUCCUUUGGAUCAGAACUUGACUGUAGCAGAGAGGUUGCAGCACCUUCAAGCCUGCCUGCAGGAUUGCAAGAGAGCAUUUUCACUUGCUGUGUAUGACUUCAUUCAACACUACAAGACUCUGCUGAAGGCCUGCGGCAUCUCUUUGGCAGGAUGUUUUGAAGACCCAAAGAUUUGGCAUGUUUUUCCCCCAGCCACUUGCACUUUCCCAGUCAUUUCCCAGUCAUUGAUGGUGGCAGUGAUAAAUUAUGACCUCUUUCAGGUGUUAUUUUUGGAGCAGAAGUUGCCUCCCGAUGGAGAGCUAAAAGUGCAAAGAUGCAAGAAAACAUUAGGUUACACUGGAAGGACAAAAGCAAAUGGAAACCGGUUUAGACCGGGCAAACAAUUCAGUACAUCAAAGGAUGUUUUAGAAAAACUGAAGCCGUUGCAUCCUUUACCAGGCCUGAUUUUAGAAUGGAGGAAGAUCACUAAUGCAAUAACCAAAGUGGUAUUUCCACUGCAGAGAGAAAAGAUUUUGAACACAGUACUCGGAAUGGAAAGAAUCUAUCCUGUUUCUCAGACUCAUAGUGCUACAGGCCGCAUAAGUUUCAGAGAACCAAACAUACAGAAUGUGCCUAAAGAUUUUGAGAUUGAGAUGCCAACCUUGGUUGAAGAGAGUCCACCUUCCCAAAGAGAACAUGGCAGGUUUAGUGUGCGAAGAAGCAGCGCUAGAAAACAUUCUGUACUAAUUCGUGAUCCAAGCAAUGUGACUGAAAAGUUAUCCAGUGGGAAAAAGAUCCAAUUUUCUGUUAGCAUGAGACAUGCCUUUGUACCAUUUCCAGGUGGCUUAAUCUUAGCAGCUGAUUACUCCCAACUUGAGUUGAGGAUCCUUGCUCAUUUGUGUCGUGAUCGUCGGCUUCUUCAGGCUUUGAAUGCAGGUGCUGAUGUGUUCAGAAGUAUUGCAGCAGAGUGGAAGAUGAUUGACCCUCAAGCCGUUGGCGAUGAUUUAAGGCAGCAAGCCAAGCAGAUUUGCUAUGGAAUGAUCUAUGGAAUAGGAGCUAAAUCCUUAGGAGAACAGAUGGGCGUUGAGGAGAAAGAUGCUUCCUACUACAUUGAAACCUUCAAAUCAAGAUAUCCAGGUAUUCAGAAAUUCCUGAGAGAUACGGUAAAGAAGUGCAGUCGGGAUGGGUUUGUGCAGACGAUGACCGGGCGGCGUAGGUACCUUCCAACAAUUAAAGACUCAAACCCUUACAAGAAGGCUCAGGCAGAGAGACAAGCUGUGAACACAGUUGUCCAGGGCUCUGCAGCAGACAUUGUCAAAACAGCCACGGUGAAUAUUCAGAAACAACUGGAAGCUUUACCUUCAGCAGUCAAAUCAUUUGAACACUUCAACAGCUCAUUCCAGGAAAAACGGGCAGGGAAAUUAGGAAGGGCAGAAAAGAGGCAAAUGAUAUAUCCCAGACAUGGAGGGUUCUUUAUACUACAGCUGCAUGAUGAACUUCUCUAUGAGGUUGCAGAAGACAGCAUGAUCCAGGUAGCACAGAUUGUCAAACACGAAAUGGAAAAUGCCGUAAAACUCUCAGUGAAGCUCACAGUGAAAGUGAAAGUUGGGCCUAGCUGGGGAGACCUGCAAGAGCUGGCGCUAUGACCAUGAAACAGAAGUUUGCACGGGACAGCCCAUGCCUACUAGAAAACCCAGGACUCCUGUUUCCAGACCCAACAGGCUGGAUGACAAGUUACUUUUUAAAAUGCUGACACAUCUGUUCAUUUUUUUUAGACUGAAUCUUAAAUCUCUAAAUGAAUUAAACAAACACCAAACAUUUAUGAGGUAUCAUAGCACUACUAGAAAUAACAAUGAAAUGCUUAAAGCAAAGUACUUAAAUUCCAAAUGAUUUUAUAGUCUAGUAAUUUAUUAAUGGACUUGGCAAAAAUAGUCUAAGCAGAUAAUCUUUUAUGUUUACAACAUAUGCAACUGGAAAAUGCAGAAAAAUUCAGUUCCUUAUUUCAUUACCAUAGCAUACCCUUCUGCUGCGUUCCACAUUUAUGCUCAUUCCCCACAAACGUCACUGUAUGCAACUAAAUAUAUGGUAGGGGCUUCUGAUAGCAAGGCCACUGCUUUUUGACCUACUAAUAUCCCAGGAAAUUGACAUAGCGUAAGACUCACAUGACACUCUAUGCUUGUGUGUACAGUGCAAAAUGCAGUACCUGAGGAGCUACGCUGGGAUGUACAAGAUUUUCAUAUACUGAUGUAUGAAAGGGCCCAUUGUAAAAACUGCCUGUUUGUUGCAGGUAUCUCAUGACUUUAAGAAAGCAUGAUCUUGCAUCAAAUUAUGUUUAUCCUAUGGCACUGAAACUUUGCUUUUUAUGUGUCUUUAAAACUUGUUCACUUCAUUUGUCUGCUUUGAGAAAAUGAAAUUUCCUAACUCAUUUUUCAUUUCACACAUCACGUGCACUGCAUCAUGUGGUUUUGCUUCUGUUGCAGGAUUCCUGCUGUUUUUUAGACCAAUGAAUUCAUCUGCUUGUUUUGUAAACUACUGUAAGAUAACUUAAUUCAUCAAUAUGUAUAUAAUAAAUAGAUCUGUCUAUCACUUUUCUUCUCCUAGUAAUUG